CAAAAAAAAAAAAUAAAAAUAAAAUAAAAUCAUAUAAAAAAUUGAAAUAAAUUAGUUAAAUUUCGGUAUACAAGAGAAUUUUUGGUCAUUUGUCUCAUCCACUCGUUGAUUUUUCCUCAACAUUUUGUUGCUUCGAUAUGGCGAAGUGUAAUCCUUGGCUAAUACGUCGCCUGUGCAUGAUAAUGCGACAGAACUUUGCCAAAAGCUGUGAAGAUAAACUGAACGAUCAGAUCAACAUGGAACUUAAGGCCUGCCAUCAAUAUUUGGCCAUGGCCUAUCAUUUCGAUCGCGCCGAUGUCAGCUCGCCGGGCAUCCAUGGCUUCUUUCUGCAGGCCAGCAUUGAGGAGCGUGAGCAUGCCGAGAAGAUCAUGAAGUAUAUGAAUAAACGCGGUGGCUCAAUCAUAUUGAGCAGUGUGCCGGAGCCGGUGCCACAGUUCGAGGAUACGAUGUCGGCCCUGAAGCAUGCGCUGCAAAUGGAAAUGGAGGUGAAUCAGCAUCUGUUGGAUGUGCACGCCUUGGCCGGCAAAGAGAACGAUCCCAAUCUGUGUGAUUUCAUAGAGGCCAACUUUCUGCAGGAGCAGGUCGAUGGCCAAAAGGUAUUGGCCGAUUUCAUUAGGCAAUUGGAACGCGCCCAGACCGAUGUCGGUGACUAUCUGUUUGACAAAUACAUGAUCUCCGGCUCGAUGCAUGGCAACGGCCAGCAGGCCAAGAAACAUUGAACCGUACGAAUUUCAUUGGAUUACAUACAACAGUCUGUUCGUGUUUGCCUUGUGACAGCCUAAUUCCUUACAUAUAUAUACAACUUAUCGGCGUUACCGGAGCACAAUAUGUCUAUAAAUAAAGCCACUUAUCAAUAGCA